AAUAAGACAAGUUUCUGUGUAUAUUUUUUAAUAGCAAUUCAGUCAGACAUUUUUUGGAAGACAGUAUGAACGCAUUUCAUGUUUCCAUUGCACACAUGUCCUGCGACAGCAUGCUUACCAACUGCUGAAUUAUACGAAGAGCGCGAAAUACAAAAUUACAGUUCCUUUUUUUAUUAUAUUGUAAUGGUGUUUUAAGAUUGCAGACCUCGUGAAAAGUAGUUUCCGAGAGGAUGUCGAAGCCCAUAGUAUUCGUGACCGGAAACGCGAAGAAACUGGAGGAGUUCGUGGCUAUUUUGGGAAAGAAUUUUCCACGAGAGAUUACGAGCAAAAAGGUCGAUCUUCCAGAGUAUCAGGGAGAGAUAGACGACAUUUGUCGCAACAAAUGUCGAGCUGCUGCGGAUCUGGUAAAGGGUCCAGUUAUCAUCGAGGACACCUGUUUGUGUUUCAACGCAUUAAUGGGCUUACCUGGUCCUUAUAUUAAAUGGUUUUUGGACAAACUCGGUCCAGAUGGUCUUUACCGGAUGCUGCAUGGCUGGGGAGAUAAAAGCGCGGAAGCAGUCUGCACUUUUGCAUAUUGCGCCGGAGAACCGGAAGAUCCGGUAUUAUUGUUCCAAGGUCGAACACAGGGGACCAUCGUGAGUCCGCGAGGACCGCGAGACUUCGGCUGGGAUCCUUGCUUCCAGCCUUUGGACUACGACAAAACUUACGCAGAACUACCGAAAGAAACGAAGAAUCGAAUUUCUCAUCGUAGCAGAGCACUGCAGAAAUUAAAAGAUCAUUUUAUGAAGAACGUCGAGAGUCACGAGUCAGCGCACGACUCCUAGAGAGAGGACAGCAUUGAUCACAUCUAUCUCCCGAUCUACAUUGUACUUUUUUAAAUCAGUUUUCAUAAUAACUGAUUUGCAAAAAUAAACAUUUAUACUGUGAACCUA